AUGGCUUUCACAGUCGAGAAGGCAUCCCUGUCAGAUGCAAAGGCCAUUGCCGACAUCUACCAGGACAGACCGGUCACGGCCUGGAACCGCCUCACCCAUGGCACCGUCGACCCGUCAGUGUUCAAUGCCGGCUUGGAGGACAUGUUCGCAGAGAGCCUGCAGGACCCAGACGAGGUCCUCUUUCUUGCCCGCGACGAUGACCACCCGGACCGCAAGGUCGUGAGCUAUGUCAAUCUCGCCAGGAAGCCUGCGCUGGUACCCAUGACGGACGAGGAUAUCAAGCAACAGAACGCCAAGUACCACGAACGGCUCAUGCCAGGUCUCAACGGGCCCCUCCUCCUCGAGAUGUGGGAGAAGCUGGACCGCAUGCGGGAGCAGGUUCUGGUUGGAAAAGGCGACUACUGGUUUCUCGACAACGUCGGCACACUGCAGGCGUACCAGGGCAGGGGCAUCGCGACCAUGCUGCUCCGCAAGGUCCUGGAGGAGUACCCCGAUCGCGAGGGCGUGCCGAUCUUCUUGGACACGUCUGGCGACGAGGACGGCAGGGCGUGGCCGCUGUACGAGCGGUUGGGGUUCACCAAGGUGGGCGGGUUCACCAUUGACCUGGCUGCCCAUGGGGCUGAGGGUGUGCAUACCCAUCUGGGGAUGUUGAGGGAGCCGCAGAAAACAAAAUAG